GCGUUUCUUUGUAUUGAAACAAUCUCGUAAUUCUCUGUUUUGUGUUUGAAGUAUUCGUCCUCCUUAUGCACCACCGACAGUCUCCUUAGCACAUAAAACCAUCCGCCAUUGAGUUGGCAGCAUCCACCACAACCUCUUCGGAUCAUAGGCUUCUAGUGCUCGGAAUUUGCUCUGUGUGUUGGCCGUCUGCAUCCUUCAAACUUCUCGUUGCGUUUGCUGUUUGACCUGACGUUGAAUUUGUCUGUGCUCAAGUGCUGCUGCUGGAAUGACUUCGUUCUUGGACUCGGUGCCUGAGGAAACACCCAUCAAGGUCGACAAUAGGGGAGAGAAGAAGCCAAUUGUACUGCAAAUUCAACUUCCGAAAGAUGUUUUGGAGCAGUAUCUUGCCGGAGAAUGGACCGAAAAAGUGCAGCUUAUUAACGGUCCCCGUCCUUCCUUUUGUAUCGGCUCCAAGAAGUUUCAGUGCACUUCCAUUCCGGAGACAGCACCGCAUGAAGUGUAUCGAGCCCGCCGGUCAAACAGUCUCGAACUCGUUGGACGCAUCCAGCAAAAGCUCAUGCUUCGGCGAGAGCUUGAUGGAAAUGCUGCUCAACGGCUCAAGUCGCGGACAGCUCGUGUUGAAAAUGAGAAGAAAGAGAAGAGAACUCGAAUUGUAACAUUACGAGACACAGGAAUGCACAGAAAUGGAAGUGAUCCAUUUCAUUCUCGUCGAAGUGGGCCUAGUCUCGUUGUUGCACCUGUAUCAAAUAAUGGAAGCAAUUCAACUUCUUCGUCUCAUCAUCAACAAUACCCUUCUGCUGGAUCCAACCCUUCUGCUACUCAUCGUCCCGGAAACCAUCACGACGGCGAUUCUCCUGGCGUAUCUCGGGUAGAGUUAAAGAGACGAGUUGUUCAUCUGCUUGCUCUUCGACCCGUCACCGAUGAAGUGCUGAAAAAUCGCACCAAAGCAUCACUAGCCGAGAUACGUGUUCUGCUGCCCGAGGUGGCCACAAAGACACCGGUCCAGCAGUGGGAGCUUCGUCCUGAAAUGUAUGCAACUCUCCGUAUAUUCGACUGGACUCCGUACACACCUGAGGAUCGUAAUCUUGUUGUUAGAAGAGCAAAAGCGGCCUUUGAUUCUCUUUCUCUUCCGCCUGAUGCACCAGAAAGAGCAGUGCUUUCUCCCGGUGGUACAGUAAAUGUUUCCAGUCCGGUCGCUGGGUCCCUACCGUCAAGUAUGUCAUCGGCAUCUUCACGACAGAAUUCAAGACCUUCGAUAUCCACAGGAGGAGAAAACCUGAACAAUACACCUUCCUCUUCCACUCACAAGCAAAAACUUCCCGCGCAUCGUGCGUCUACCUCUCAUCCAACAACAUCCUCCCCUCGGAAACAGCAGCAGCAACAGCAGCAGCAACAACCACAACAGCCACAUUCUCAUUCUCAUUCACAGCAUACCAUCUCAUCAGACCCUCCUACGCAAUCGUCCGCUCGACGUCAAGAAUCACCACAUGUCAAUCGCGAUGCAGCUAACGUGCAUGAUGCUUCGUCAGAUUCACACUCAGCUCCAUCCGCGUCCUCUGCUCGUAAACGAAAGGUAAUUGCCGAAACCAAUAACCAAAGCAAACAGACUCCUGCGAACUCGGAUGCUUCCGUCCGUGUGAAAAAACAACGAAACGGAAAACGGCCGCCUGCUGAAUUGUAUGUCAUGGCGCGGCGGUUUCGUCAAGCCUAUCCAAAAUACCAAAGUCUAUAUAAAAAGGUGCUACAUCUUACCGAAGUUAAAGAUGCCGCCGACCCUGAUCUUAAUGAUUUGCAAGAGAAGUUAUUGUCUCUUCAUAAACAAUUGAAGAAUUGGAAAAGCACUCUAUUCUCUGCUUCGAAAGAGUAUAGCUAGCUUUCCUUCUCCGCCCCUUGGACGGUUUGUCCAUUCGUUCUGCUAUUCGUCCACCACCUAGUCCCCUUUUUCUUACUCUUUUAUGUUUUUCUUUCUAAACAGUUGCUCUAAUUCUUCACUUUUAAUUCUCUUUCAAAACAAAAGCAGCCUUUUUCUACCCUAAGUGACCAAUUAUGUCAACUAGGAAAGAAAGAAAUGAAAAGAAGAAAACAAAACAAACGAUAAAAAAGAAUCCCUGUUUUUAAACUAAAAAUCCCAAUAAGGCUUUUGUUUUGACAAAUUUAUUUUAUUUUUCUUAAGCCACAAAAACCAAACAGCUUCACUACCAUAUUCCAAAUGGGAGGGGAGUACAUAAAAAGUUAUCUUUACUUACUCAAUAAACACAAAAUUUAUUAUUCUAAAGUAAAGCAUUAUUUCUCGCUGUGAGAAGUCGUGAACCCUCAUA